AUAUGCACUCAGUCAAGGGGCUGUAGCCUUUGCAGUGGAUAUUGAAGAUGCUGCACAUGAUAGUGGAUCAACAAACCCUGCAUCUUCGCUUAAGGUUUUAUAGCACCAAAUGCAAAGGAGAAGUGAAGCUAGAGUAGUGGAAGAAGAGCUUAUUGGUGUGAGAUUCAACCUCGAUCGGGCGAAGGUUAUUAAGCAAGAUUCACAGAGAAUUUUGGAAGGCUCUCCAUAUUGCAAGGGGUGCUGGAUGGUUCUGAUUGAUGUUGCAAAAGGAUGUGCAACAGAACCACCAUAUUUAUCAAAAAGCUGCCAAGUUACUAAAGAAAACUUUAGUGGAGGUACCGUGGCUGCAUCCAUUGCUGAUAUUGACUUUGUAAAACAAAGAGAAGGUGCUGAGGAACUUUUUGAGGAUGGCACCCUAUCAUUCUUGAGCAUAGCAUCUAUUCACCAUGGGUUUAAAAUCCUCAAUACUUUAACCAUUUUUGCUAUAUCCCGGUACGUCAAAAAAUAG